CUUCUUCGCCCUUUGUCUAGCCGACGAGAGCCGAGGGCUGGUCGUUGACGUAAUGACCCCCUCAGUCGCCUGCCGCUCUCUACGAACCCUCCUCAUGGACGGGUUCGAGUGCCUCCCCGUGCGAUGCUCCGCCUCGGCACCCGCACCUGCACCUUUCCUCCCUCAUCGCCUUCUCCGUCUCCUCGUCCACCUCUGCUCUGCAAACCCACGGCGUCCCGUCUCCAAGAAUCUCCCUUUUUGUCAGAAAUCCUCUGGUUUUUGUUCUUAUUCCUACCGUCCACUCGUGCCUCGGAAAGCUGGUGCACUGCCAGCAGUCCACCCUACGGUCCACAAGCGGAUCGACUAUUUGAAAUCAAAGUUGGAGGAACAAGGAAUUCGGUGUGGUAGUGUCAAGCCCGGGAAGUAUUGUCGAAAUUUAUGCCCAAAGUGUCAAGGAGGAAGUUCCAAGGAGAGGUGCUUAUCUUUUUUCAUCAAUGUUGAUGGAGAGUUGGCAAUUUGGAUGUGUUUUAGAGCUAAAUGUGGAUGGAGAGGUUCUGUACGGGCUUUUGAGGAGUGCAAGAUAGGCUAUGCCAAAACAAGACAAACUUUGAAACUUAACGAUUACAGAGUAAUCACUGAAAUUGAUCUUCAGCUAGAGCCAUUAUGUACAGAGCUUAUUGCAUACUUCGCAGAAAGAUCGAUAUCAGCAAAAACUCUUGAACGAAAUGGCAUCAUGCAGUGUAAACAUGAUGAUCAGAUCGUUAUUGCUUUUACCUACAGGAGAAAUGCAGCUCUAGUAAGCUGCAAAUACCUUGCAUCCUCCAAAGAAUGUUGGCAGGAAACGGGCACGGAACAUAUUUUUUAUGGACUUGAUGACAUAAAGCAAGCUAGCGAUGUUAUAAUUGUCAAUGGUGAAAUAGAUAAGCUCUCUAUGGAGGAGGCUGGUUUCCCCAAUUGUAUUAGCAUACCUUAUGGACUACCUGAACAAUCCUCCAAAGAGCUACCUGCUGAGGAUGAGAACCCUGAGUUCCAGUACUUGUGGAACUGCAUAGAGUACCUAGAAAAGGCAUCUCGGAUAAUAUUAGCAACAGAUGCAGACAGCACUGGCCAAGUUUUAGCAGAAGAAUUAGCACGUCGCCUUGGUAAAGAAAGGUGCUGGAGGGUGACGUGGCCGAAGAAAAAUGCUGCCGAACUAUGCAAAGAUGCUAAUGAGGUUUUGAUGUAUAUUGGACCAGAUGAACUGAGGAAAGUUAUUGAGAAUGCUGAAUUGUUUCCUAUAAUGGGCCUAUCUCACUUCAGUAAUUUCUUCAAUGAAGUUGAUUCAUAUUAUCACCGGAGUCAUGGAUUUGAGCUUGGUGUUUCUACUGGUUGGAGAGCUUUAGAUGAAUUAUACAAUGUCGUGCCUGGAGAGUUGACUGUGAUAACAGGUGUUCCUAAUUCAGGCAAAAGCGAGUGGAUUGAUGCCCUGUUAUGUAAUAUCAAUAAAGCCCAUAAAUGGAAAUUUUUACUCUGCUCUAUGGAAAACAAGGUUCGGGAUCAUGCAAGGAAGCUUUUGGAAAAGCACAUAAAUAAACCAUUCAUUAAUUCAAGAUAUGCUGAAUCUACCGAGCGUAUGAGUGUGCGGGAGUUAGAAGAAGGAAAGAAAUGGCUUGAUGAUACAUUUUAUCUAAUUCGGUGUGAGGAUGACUCCUUUCCAUCUAUCGAUUGGGUACUUGAACUUGCCAAGUCUGCAGUUGUUCGAUAUGGCAUUCGCGGACUUGUUAUUGAUCCAUACAACGAACUUGAUCACCAACGUUCUUCAAAUCAAACAGAAACGGAGUAUGUGAGCCAUAUGCUUACUAAGAUCAAGCGCUUUGCUCAGCACCACGCUUGUCAUGUAUGGUUUGUGGCACAUCCAAGACAGCUACAAAACUGGAGGGGUUAUCCCCCUAAUCUGUACGAUAUUAGUGGAAGUGCACAUUUUAUAAAUAAAUGUGACAAUGGAAUUGUCAUUCAUCGAAAUCGGAAUCCAAAUGCUGGCCCCCUUGAUCGUGUUCAGGUUUGUGUGCGGAAGGUGCGAAACAAGGUCUCUGGGAGAAUCGGAGAUGCUUUCCUCUCAUAUAAUCAAAUGGAAACUUGCAAUGCUUCUCCUUGCAUUAUGGUAGCAAGUCGAAGCAUGAGCGACUCUGACCAUGAUACAUCUUUAACCACAGGAAAAUUCGAGGAUUGGCAUGAUGGGGGCUAUAACAAUUAGGAAGCAACUUAGAUGAGUUGCCUCUGUGACACUGCAUUCAUACACAGAUAUCGGAUGAUCAAGUUUUGAGGUCCAAGCUGUAGCUAGGCUGUAGCUAGAGCGCCAGAAUGGAGAACAGUUUCGGAGCCCCAAUCAACCAUUAGGGGCUGUUCACUGUUUCCGGACGGGCAGUGGUCUACUUGUUCGGCUGUAAAAUAUUUGGUGGCUGUCCACCGUUUGGAAGAUGAAACCCUGUUGUUAGGCGCAUUAAAUGACAUGUGUUCUCAUGUGUAAGGUGAUAUGUUUGAAGAUACAGAGAUUGCAAUGUAACAUGAUAGCUUCCGAGUCUUGUGAAAUGUACAGGUGAAACUGAGAGAUAUCCACGUAUUAGGUUAUGAAGAAAGCCUACAUGCAAGGUAUUAUUGUAUUUGA